AUGAAGCGCUCUGUGAGGACGUUUGGGAUAAUUACAUUGUUUCUAUGUCCCUUGACGUUGCUACUGGGACAUAUUCUAGGGUACUUAAGUUCUUAUCCAUCUUCAGUCGACAAAGAUGGUUGGAUCAAUACUGUCUUCGUCAAGAAGGGUUGGUUUUGGACUUCGUUAGUUAUGUGGAUGUGCGUAUAUCGAUAUGGAAAAUUUAACCGUCAAUCUUUCACACGUUAUUUGAUUCUUACUGCCUGGUGGUACGUCUUUACACAAGCUUUAUGGUUCCAUACUGCGCCUAUAAUGGAUCUGAUAUUUUUAGCUACUGGUGGUUUAUGUCGAUUUGACGUCUUAGAUGCUGAUGGCAAUUUGAACUCGAGUUUCCAGGAUUCUGAUUCUAGAAAAUCUCGAUCUUUAUCCAAGAUAUAUUCAUUUUUGGUAAGGUUUCAAUUGACUACACAAGAUGAAUUAAAAGGCAACCUGGCGUCACAUACUUUGGCGACACUUAGGCGAUUGAUGGGUAUUUCCAACGAGAAAUCAGAUUCAACAGAACCGCUAGUUUCACCUAGUGAAAUUAACAUUUUCAUUCAUGAUAGUAUAAAAUCUGUUAGAGAGAUAAGCACUUCCGCCGCAUGUCGUGCGACUGGUGGUCAUUGGAAAGGUGGGCAUGACCCAUCGGGCCAUAUAUUCCUCAAUACUCUGAUGAUAAUGUUUCUAUUGGGUGAGUUAGAUUUUUUCGCACCAUUAGCUUGGUCAAAAUUAUCUAGUAAAGGUCUGGGACCCUUGAGUUACUUCACUACAUUAUUAGAUAAUAGUCCGCUGCGUAAUUUGAUGCAAAGACGUCCAGAAACGGUUGGUGAAAAAAUCUGGGUUGUGGGUUUCCUGCCUGCAUGGGAAUGUAUCCAAGGUUUGAUCAAAUUUAUCAUUAUAUGUGUCAGAUACCUUGUUUGGGAGAAUCCUGUUCUACUUUUGAUUGCACUUGUAAUACUUUGGUGGUAUAGCCUAAUAGUUACCACUUUGGUAUUUCACACGGUCUCUGAACAACUGUCUGGUCUUGCAUGUGCAUAUUUAGUAGCCGGAGGGUUAUAUUGGUAUGCCAUUAAGAACAACGCCAGGAAUCAACCGGUAUAG